AUGUCUCUCCAGGCCGGAAGUACGCAGCCUCCAACUCUCCUCACAGAGGCUGACCUCAUCGACAAGAUGGACAAGGGUUAUCAACACGUUGGUCGACUCUGCAACGCAGACCUUUCACGGCCAGACCUGAGGGCCAGCAUGGAACGAGAUAUGACGCUAAUUGCCAGGGGCGUUGAACGCAAGGAAGAUGUUAUUCAGAGGCAUGUGGGCACAGUGGCCGAGGUGUUUCGGCUUCUGCGCGUGCAUAUAGCGUUGCUAGAUGAGCAGCUGCAGCGGAUCUUCCCUCCACCGGCUGCUUCAGACGCUGAAUCUCGCGUUCUUCAAAGCAAUUUUUGCGUCUGUGCAAAAUGUGGUAGCUCAAUGGACCUUAUGGACACCGGAGGCGGAGCACAGGGCAACAGCUCAAGGCGCGGAAGGAGCAAUGCGAGACACGGAUCUGCAGAUGCAAGCGGAGACCCAGGGACGGACCGCUUUCUUGUAAGUAGCACCCAACAAGCGUGA